AUGAAUGAGGACCAGUUUUGGGACAGUGCAUUGGGCCGCUGGAUACGGUAGGCUUCUAUUUUUGGUUAUUGGUUUGAAUAUUUUGGUGUUUUUGGAGUUUGUUUUAGUUAUUGUUUGUUUUAUAUCUUAUGGGCCUAAAGUAAUAUUGAUCAUACGCUGCUUUUGGUCAAAUUGUAAAGAUUUUGAAAAAAGUCAUAGUAUAUUGGUCAAAAAAUUGCUAGAAAAUAUUAAACUAGCCAGAAAACUAAUAUCAGUAAGGCAGUAUGAUUUUUACUAAACUUUUUGACCUGAGGCCAAUAAAACAUCAGCUUAUCCAUAUCACUAUCAUACCAUGAGUAAUACCCUUCUCAAACCCCACUGAUAAUUACCACAAUACCAUGAAUAACAUCACUGAUACGUUUAGGUCAUGCACGUCGCAAACAAACCCGGUGAUCCUCGAAAAGGUAUGGCGUCAGUCACAGCACGUUGGCGGUCUAAUACAAUACGAAGAGCUCUGUGACGGCUACUUUGUGAAUGUUUUCCUCGAGUUAAUGUGAGUUUUCUGGUUACUACGGUCUUAUUAAACGCCACAUUACUUUGUUUUCGCAAAGGCUUACGGUAUUAACAAGUUAGUUUACUUGUUUUAAGUAAUCUACGUUAAUAUAACGCUUACCUCACGGUUUUGUUUUGUGUUUUUGAAUUUUGACAUUCUUCAAAUAUUUUAAAAUUAAAAUUUUAAAUUUGCUUAUUUUUUAAAUGUUUAGGACUAAAACUAGUAAGAUUAAAGACAUAAAGUAGAUAAUACAAAUGUUGUCUCACAGUAGGUAACACAAAUUUACUUAAUUAAUUCUUUCAGAUAUCCCGAAUGUACAGUUUGCCAUUUAAUUAAGUACACAAACCGCCCUUACUCUAACCGGCUGUCACUUCUACGAAACUUUCUUUCCAAUCUUAUACAGUUUUUCAAGGUAAGCACUAAAGCUUUAUUUCAUAUUAUAGUAACAAAAAUAAUGUUUUAUGCCAUGUUCAGCUUGUUUAUAAUGAAAAAUCUACUGCAGUUUUCAAGUUUACUACGGUAGCCUUACCAUAUAGAUAACAACUGACUAUGUAGUAACUUUUUAAAGCCUUUUUCAAACUUUAGUUUUUAUUACCUAAAGUUGUUGAAGGUUACACAACUUUAAAAAAUUAAUUAAAAUUUCGUAUUUUAAACUAUUUUUACUAUUAUAAUUCACAGCCAAACCUCUGUGAAAGUAAUUAUGCAAAUUUGAGUUAAAAGCCACCAUUACAUUAUGCUCGACAACAAAAGAGUUUUCGAUUUCAGCGUCACGAAAAGAUUCCGCUCACGUUACCGGAUGUUAUAAAUGUCUCUCAGAAUUCUAGUCCAGGUCAGUUCUAAAACAGUAAUGUAAGCCAGCUGAAAGUGUUGUAAACCGGGUUUUAUUACCACCGCAAUCUGUUUACGAGCCUGGAUAUGACUCCAUCUUUCUCGGUUUAUGACAAUUACCCGAGUUUUUUUGAGGGGGGGGGGUCUGUUAGGUCAUGUCAUUGUGACUUUGAUAGUAAUUAUAUUUUGAUUGUAAAGCUUUAAUAAUUUAAGAGACAUUGUUUUUGAAACUACCAAUAUUUGUAAUACUUGGUAUCCCAGUUUGCCAUUUUGCCCCCACCACCCCCUCCCAUAGCCAAUAAAUCACCCUAUCGGCGGUGCUAAUGCACCAUAAUGUAAUAAUCUAACGACCACAUUAAUCCCGCAUAUUUUACCUUGCCAUUUCAUAACCUAAGCGCAGCUAUUUACGAUCGUAUGUUGGCGGGAGCGGUGAUUUGAAUUGGAAUUCGGGAUGGGUGCGUGCCAAUUUGCUGGAAGGGCACAAAGCGUUAUUGCGAGCCGGAGGGGACAAGGUCAAAUUGCGGGAUUUAAAGAGCAGCCAGGGUCAGCUGCGGCUCUCUCUGAUUUGAAUAAAGGUGCAUUAGACAUCCCGUUUGUUCGGAAGAGUGAAACUAUUUGAAUACUCGACUUCUCCGCCGCCACCACCGCCCUGACCCAGGUGCGGACAGUAUAGAUUCUGGGGUUGAGGUGACGGGGUUAGGGUGGGCCAACAGGGUUUGUGGUGGUUGAUGAGGCCUGAUAAAGGGUCGUGGAGCUUGGAGAUAGGUUUGAUAGCCGUUAGAUCAAUAUAUGGGCAGUUUUUCAGUAAUAAUCAUUGCAUUGAAGUCGGCAUGCUCGACGGUUUGUGAGAUCAGCAUAGCCUUCGAGCUAGGAAGGCCUGAAUUGGCCUUGGCAAAGCUCGAGAGUAAUGUCCUUCAUAAUACUAAAAGUAAAACUAAAUACAUCAUUCAAACCAGUACUGUAUUCAGCAUGGAAGGUCUGUAACCUCAAUACUAGCCAGUAAAGUACCCAAAUGAUUUUCUCUAGCCCUACAGCACGUUAUCCUCAUUGUUUACUAGUACAUUCCGAUUAUUGAUAGAGCUCGAUAUCAACUCAAGCCCACUUGAAUUGAUAUCGAGAUUAAAGUGGCUUCAAAUUAUGUUCGAAAGUAUCGGUUUACAGGAUGUUUUUACAGUGUUUGCUUACUGUGUUUGAUCCAUUUAUCGCAUUGCGUCGUUGUCGAAGCCAAUGUCGUUUUGUGUUUGAGUUGGCUCUUUGUUUAAUUUUGUAUCUUCAAAUUCGUGCUUCCACACCUCAGAGGCAACGUGUUGUUGCUACUGGAAAAGGUUUCUUUUUGACUCUGAAUUUGCAUUCUAUCAUCCUGCGUUCUUAAGGGUCUUGUUUAAUUAUGCAGGCAUCCUCGUUACAAUUAAAUUACAUUUUAGUUAUUAUUACAGAGAAAUGCAUUUGAUAGUAUAGAACUGGCUUUAAAGUAAUGUAACUUUGUAGUUAUGACAACUUUUUUCUACAAAUUCAGCUUUUCAAAAUCGUAUAGCUUUGGAAGUUCAAAGGGAAAGCCAAGAUGCAAAUUCGAGGCCUGAGUGAUGAGCAUAAAGCGCUUUUAAGGAUUAUUCGUUCUGCAGGCUGUGCGCGAUGCAAUCCAAUCUCGGAAUGCACAUUGUUUUUUCGUCUUAUGUGAGGCCAUUCCUUCCUUCAGCCCCCCCCCCUUCCUCCAUCGAAAUCAACCGGCUCUUAACGGGAUUGCGUAUCCCCCCGCUGGUUUCUUACAAUUACUUUUUGGAGGUAUUACUAGCGGCUUUCCCUUAUUUGUAAUUCCACUGAUUGCUUCGUCCGGGAGCGGGUCUUUCGCUAGCGUCGUAAAACUUGUGCUUUCUCGUCGCGAGGAUUAUUGUGAGUUGCAUAAGAAAAGGGGGGAACGACGUCUUCUUCCGGAGACCGGUUCGGCUUUGAACACGUCCAAAUUUUAUGCGUUUUUCGAAAGGAACAGAUCACAAUAGGCUGUUCGGGACCGUUUGUCAAAUACCUACAAUUACAUUUUAUGGGACGUGCUUUCGAACGUGAACCGACGUCUUCAAGGUUGGCAAUUAAAUUCCCCAAAUAUUUGCAUAGGAACUGUAGGUAUCCCGGGGCGAAACUUCUUGUUUCAACUGUUGUCUGAAGAACGCCGAUUUCGUUUUUACGAUUUCCGACUUUUUAUGUUAUUAUAGAAGACAGCACGGUAGAUAUGUUAUUCUAUGCUUGUAUAUUGUUUUAAAGUCGUUCUCUUUAAACCAUAAAUAUUAUAAUUAAUACCAAUUAAUAAGCAAACUUCAGAACGAAGUGGCCAUGACAUUCAGAAGUUGUUAGGCUUACUGAUCGUCGCAACUUUUCACACCACCCACAAAUCAACAACCGUUGAUCAGUUACAGCAACUUAUUGCCAAUAACGAGCAACAUAUCAAAGAAGAGCUCGAGACCAUAUUCAACCGACAGGAGCCUGUGAUCGAUCUCAACACUAACCCACCUGUCAUAGCGUCAAUAGCUGAAGAACGACAUAGCACAACGUUCCAACUGAUAAGCAAAAUGCUGGAAGAUACGGUAAGAAUGAUGAUAUAAAUGUUUAACUAUUUGUAGGAAUCCGACGAAGGCAGCUCCAAUUCUGGAGAAUUCCAAAAAUGCGACAAAACACCAACGAUAGAUGAGUACGAGGAGAAACUGAUGGACCUCGGGCACAAAAUAAAAAUGUUGGAAGGAGAUAAGUAAGUGGUUAAAUAGCUCUAACAAAAUGAAUAUAAAAAAUUACGUUUACAUAAAAAUGAGAUAACAUUGAAUCACAAUAAACAGUAAAUCAAUUUCAGACAAGUGUUAAGCGAAGAAUUGGAAUCAAUGGACGCAGACCAUUCAGAACUAAUUAAGGAGCACAAGGAAUUGAACAAAGCAAAUGAGAAGCUGAUGGAAACGAUACGAGACCUGAAAGACAAAUGCCAAGGCAUUCCAGACAUGGAGCACAAGCUGGAUAAAGCCAAAACCGUGGAGAAAGACAACGAGAAGCUGAAGGCUGAGAACCAAAGGUUGAAGAUGUUUGAGACCGAAAACACAGUAAGUAAGGGUACAAAUGACAAUUUAAAUAAUAUUUAAGUUGUUAUUCGUUACAGUGAUAUAGAGAGUAUUUACAACAUACUCAAGUAAAGUUAGUUCCAUUAUAGGAAUUAAAGCAUAAGAUAAACAAACUCCAAACCACGAUCAAGAAACAUGAAGGCGUGUUAAACGGCUACCGCAAGAUAAAACCCUCGGCCACAGCGUUAGAAGAAGCGUUACAAAAGAAAAACGACAAAUUUGCUGAGAAACUGAAGGAAUUGGAAUCAGAAAAAGAAGAAGUAAGAUUCACACAUUGCUUUAAUUGCUUCCGUAUUUUAUGAUUUAUCACAUAAUGUUACGAUUACUGCGUUUGCUUUAUGGUACGAUCUCUUUAGAUACAAGUCGAGAACAGAAACCUCAGGCACAAAAUCGAGAUGCUCAACCACAAAAUCGACCAAAUGAGACCGUCGGCAGACGAGAGCUUUGUUACAGCACCAAACAUAUCACUCUGUGACGAGCUGAAUGACAGCAGGAGGGACGAAGAGAUCAGAGAGUUGGAGGAAAGGAACAUCAGCUUCGAGGAGACGAUAAAGAAAACGUAAGCUACCAUAAAAGUUUUUAACUUCGAACAGUUUAGGCCAAAAUUUAAAGCAAUCUUAAAGAAUUUGACCAUUAUAUGUUUGUAUUUGUACCAGUUGUACUAUAACUGUCUUUACAAUGUUAAAACACAACUGUGUAUAUUAUCAUUUACUUUCAGUAGGGAAGAUCUGGAAGAGUACGAACGAAGGAAUAAACAGUUAAAAGCAGAGAUCCGCAACAUAGAAGACCAAUUAAACCGGAAGAAUAACGACGUGGAAAUCAAAGAGAAAGCGAUUCUCGUGGAGAUUAACAACUACAAGAACAAUAUACAGAGCAAGGAUCAAAAGAUUUCCGACCAAUUAAGGUUGAUUGAGGAGAAGGAUCAAUUAAUUACUAAAGUAAGCGGCUCCGUUAUUGCAUUCACAGAUUAGCUAUGGGAAAAGCACAUAAAGUUUUUAAAAUGACCUUUCAAAACCAUUUAAUUUUAACCUUAAAUUGAUGUAAACCCUUUUAAAAACCCCUAAAAAUUAUAUCUUUUGCCCUAAACAACUCGUUUUAGCUGUCCAAUUCCGAAGUAGCACUAAAGUCAGAGGUAAAAAACCUGGAACGUAUCCGGAAAGAGAAAGAGCACAUUGAAAGUGUGAUUCAAAGCAAAAACAAUGAAAUCGACCAUACCCGGGCCGAGAUCGAAGACAUUAAAGAUGAACUCGACCGACUCAAAAAGCAACAUUCCAAAUGUGACCGCUCCAAAAAGGCCGUACAAGAGGAGCUAGAAGGCCUUAAAAUUCAAUUAGAAGCCUCAGAUGAACAAAACCGACAGCUUCGAACCUCCAUGUCAAGCUCCAAACUUGCUCAAAGCCGGCUUCAAAAGAUGGAAACAGAGCUGUUAAAGCGAGAUGUUGAGAAUGAAGAGCUCAAAUCACAACUAAAAGCCUUAAACGAAGAGCACCAAUCAGAAAACAAAAAGUUGCAGCAACUUCAAGCCGACCUGACAAAAGAAAAGAGUCGAUUGAAAUGUGUGGUCGGUCAACUGAGAGCUGUUUGUUCGACCUGCUCUAUCAAAGAAGACCACAUUGAUGACAAUGAAUUGAUUGAGAAGGUCGGCGAUAUGUUAAUCAAGGGACAUACUAACCAAUUCAAAGAAACCCUGGCUUUAACACAACAACGCCGAGCCCAAACUGAGGAACUCGAUGUGAUCAAGAAGAACAUCAUCAAUCUCGAGAAGAAAGGGGCUGAUUUAGGAAAUCCAGAAAAAGAUUAUGUUACAGUAAUCCAAGAGCUCGACAGUACGAAGGAACGGUUAAAAGGAGCACAACGUAGAGAGACGGACUAUAUUGAACAAAUAAAGAACAUCAAGAAUGCCAAGGAAGAUAUUCUAAAACAAAACGUUGAAAUCAAGAAGAACAUGUCUACAGUAACUGCUACACUUGUAGCCAAAGAAGAAGAAAACAGAAAACUUACGGAACACCUGAAGGCAUCUGAAAGACAUAUAAAUAAACUACAGAUGGAGUUGAGUGAUGUUAAGAGCAACAGGGACGCCAUACAAGCCGAGUACAACCGCCUAAAUGAACUGUACAACAGUGUGACAGCCGACUUUGAAAGAGCAAACUGUGAGAAGAACGAACUAAAAAGAAGGCUGGGCAAAAAAGAUGUAAGUAACAGUAUUUUCACCUACUUUAUUAUUGAGUACUUAGCAAUACUAAUAUUAUAUUACUCAUCCAAGUAAUACGUAAACGAGAUAUAAAUCACUGAUAUGCCUAUCAACUUGAACUUUUUGUUUUUGAAGUAUGAUAGUAGUAUAUUAAAGCACUUGAAUAAACAAGAAUACCCGCUUUCAGGAUCUAAUUGAAGAAAAAGCCAAGAUGGAGUUCUAUACGGAGCGUACCGUGCUGGAAGAACGUUUGAAGCAAACAAACAGAGACUUGUGCCUCAAGAAUGAAAGGUUACUGUUAUGUGAAGCUGAUGUAAAGAAACUGACUACAGAGUUGGAAGAGACGAAGGCGGACUACACUAUCCUGUUGAGACAGAAGAACAAGAACGACGAGAUGCUCAAUAGUAUCAGAUUGAGCGAAGCUGACCACAGGAACAAGGUAACGUUGCUAACAGGACACGUCAAACAGUUGAAAGAAGUGAUCAACGACAAAAACAGUGAAAUAUUUGACAUCAAGAAGCAGUUAGACGUGAGUUAUUUAAAAAAGUUGUAGUCGCGACUAAACUCGACAAGUCGAGGGUUUAACUUUAUUUAAACUUUUUUAAUUUCAGCAUCUGAUGAACUGCCAUUCAGACGUUUACGUCUUAUCACGACAUGGAUUAGAUGACAGAUUGAAUGAUGCUUCACAAUAUAAAAGAGCAACUGACUCCAGGAUAAAAGAAUGCAACAACAACGACAACAAACAAAAAACCAAUCUCAUGAACAGGGCUGCUAAAGCGUUUUUAAAACCUAAGGUACGAUUUUGAUAGCCAUUUCAAAUUUUUAAAAGGAACCCAGACCUUAAAACGAUGAAAAGAAACGAUUUACAAUACCAAUUUACAAGAUUCAAACCCUACUACAACAUGGCCUAGCCUGACAAACAUAAUUUUAGAACCCUCGCCGUUCCAAACCAAUCGAAAAGAACUCUGGCUCCAACACCGAAGACUCGAGUAUCUACUCCGCCGACGAAUCCACCCUGCCACCCCUCCCCGAACCCCGUUUAGAAAGUCAGUCGGUUUUGAGUGAUAGCACGGGAACGGCUUCAGAUUUGUUGUGCACAUCGAGCGACUCCGGCUGUGAAUCCCCUCCGUACACGUCUAAUUCCUUGAAUCGUAUCCUGAAGGUAUCGUUACGAGAUGUAAAGGGGUUGGACAAACGAGGGUGUUCAUGUCGUCGGAAGUCAUCGCUAUCACCUUUCUGUUGUAUUCGCGUGCCAUAUAAGUUGACAGCUUAUGAGACCUGAUUGUGUUGUCCAUGUUCUUAGUUGAUUCCAUAGAUCUGACAUUGGAUUCAUACUUGAUCCAUCAAUGUCAGACCUAUAAUAAUAUCAGUUUGGUCAAAUCGAAUCGUGUAAAACAUUCAUUUCUAAUUGGAGUAUCUCUAUGAGAUAGUCCCACGAGGUUUUUUAACCAAACUACUUGUGUUUUGUCCAUUUGUCCUAAGUGUUUUGUAGAAGUGUUAUGUCCACGUGUUCUUGCCUCAGCACGCUUUGUUUGUAAAUAUUUAUUGCACGUCACGAUUGAAUAAAGCUUUGCACGUUGAAUGUCAUACACGUUUCAGUGCUAAUCCGUAUUUUAGAAUACAGAGAAAGCGUCCAAGUAACUCCAACAUGUUCUUCAUCAGACAGAGCUUCAGGUUCGUCGCCGGACUACGAUCAAGUGCAAUAUUACAGUAUUCCAACUAAACGUAAGUUUAAAAAACGUUAAAACUUACCUUUUUAACCAACAUAAACAAAAAUAAAGAUAUAAGAAGUGAAAGCAAUGCCAAAAAACAUUGUUAAGGUAAUUUUUAGGUAAUAUUUCGCGCAGACGUUUUCUAUAACAUACAAAAUGUGUCAAAACCUACAAUAACAUUCACAAAACAAUAAAAUCAAAAAUAAACUUAUAAUUCCAGGGCCAGAACACAGCUAUCCAAUGAUCAGAUCUCCACCUCCACCUCUCGCGCCAUCUUCUUUCUCCAGAAUGAGAAAUUCCAGAAUCAGCAGUUCAGUCAGGUAUCCACCAGCUUACAAGUCUCACCCAUCUCUGGGAAGUAUCCCCGUCACUAGAGAUGACGACAGCCUCAACUUCUCGUCCAAUGGAUAUUCAACUCCAGUUGGAUCUCCAUUGAGAAGUCGACCACCUCCACCACCGUAUCGUGGAAGAGCCGUGGGGGUAAGUAAAUUGAUAUCAACCUAAAAUAAGGUAACCCAAAAAUUGAUAAACGCCUACAAUGCUUUUAUUCUUCAGUAAACUUUUGUCUGGAGGCAUUUCCUCUUAAGGAAAAAACAAAAUUUUGUAUUUUGACCUGCGUCCGGCAUUAAAACACGUUUAAUCGUAUAAAAUGUCUUAAAAUUAAAUUUUCCUGUUUUGAAUAACGAAGUCUUUGCUUGCUUUAUAUAACCUAACUUUAGUCCUCGCCGUUGAGUAAAACCACCUUCAACCCUUUGGAUACAUCAACACCAAAAUCAGCUGAACGAAUGUUCAAUCGACCGGUCGGCGAAGGCGAGAACCGACUAGUCGUUCGUUCUCCGGAAGAACGCGAAAGCAAAGCUCAAAGUUUCUAUGAUAAUCACGACAUGAACAAUGUCACAAAGCAGAACGAGUUAUGGGUAGGUUACGGAUGUUUGUAA